GUUAUUUGUAUAUUUGUAGAGAAGUAGCAAGAUGCUGCAAGAUGCACAUAGUCUUUAGAUACAUAAUACAUGUUCGCUUUGCACUUUUCUACCUUCUUAGGGAAGAAGCGCCUGAACGGCUCUGCGAGUGGGAUGAUUGCUCUGCAGCAGACAGGAUCAGAGUGCACAGAAUUGUUGCAUUGCUCGCCCAUCGGUAGUCAGCAUUGUGCCACUGAGCGGCACCCUGCAUGGAUGAAUUGGCCUUCGAGUCCCUCAAACCAUCGAACUCAGCAUUGCCUUUGAGCAUCUUAAUGCCAAAACGCUUGUAGCCUGCAGCAUUGCUUUGCGAGCACAUCAUAAGUCAGUUGAUCAGCGUGCUAAUAGACUAGAGCAAUCUGACCGAGUGGGUAUUUGAGGACCAGUCGUUUGAACAAGGUCGAACACAUUAGUAUCCGAGCGUCAUUCAACUAAAGUAGCGCCCUUGAUAGGACCCAAACUAGAGAUCUGUGCUUCGUCAUUCAGGGGCCGUUAGCAUGAUGCAAAGUAAGAUUGUCACCAAACCAACCAAAAGCAUGCGCUGGAUUUCUUGACAAGAGACAUAAUGCAGUCCUCUGCGUUUCUCAGCAAGGCUGAGAGCAGAAAGGGCGCCACCAGAAGCUCCCGCUUUGGCCUCCUCCUCUUUGCUCUGCUCUGCCUAGCGCUGACGUGGCCCCUCCUCUUUGGAGAGUAUCAAUUCAAGAUUCAGUUCGACGUCUGGCAAACUCCUGAGAUCAGGUUCCUAAAGCAGGUCAAUGAGCAUAAGCAGGCGCAAACCGAAGGGGGACUGCUUGGCGCCAAGUCAGACAUCCCAGGGGGGGUCAAAUGGCAUGGGAGCGUGCCCCAUGGGAGAAAGGAUCGGGGGGAGAAGCUGGGGGGUUGCGCAGGGGGCCUGAAUGGGGAGGAAUGUAACAGUGAUGGAGCGAUCAAUGGGCGGGCGUUGUCUGAGCGGCCUCAGGGGGCGACAGGUGGCGGCCAGGAAGUGUGCCAGGUGGACGGUUCUGCUUGCAAGGGAGUGCAAGAGAAGCUGAGAGUGUUUGUGUACGAGCUCCCCGCAAAUAUGUCAACCGACUUCUACAAGCAUCCCAGCGCCAUGCAAGGUUCCAACUCAGCUGAGUGGUGGAUCUACCGAGACCUGGUCCGUUUGCGUCCGGACAGCACUUCCCCUGCCGUCCGAGUGUCCGACCCCGCGCAAGCGGACGUGUUCUUUGUGCCAUUCAUGGGGUCGCAGGCGUUCCUGUGCGCGGACAGCGCGCAGUACACUCUCGUGGACCAUGCGGACGUGUGUGGGGAGCUCAAGGGGAAGAACCACCAGCUGCAGGAAGAACUGCACACGUGGCUGGCGCAGCAAGAGCCGUGGCGUCGCUCCGGGGGGGUGGACCACGUGUUCAUGCUGGUGCACCCGCUGGCGCUGGACCGCAAGCGCACCGACUUCCGGCAAGCGCUGUUCCUGCUCACCGACUUUGCGCAGGCCUGGUCCUGGGAGGUGUCGCUGACAAAGGAUGUGGUGGUGCCGUACAUGCACGUGGUGGAGAGCCUGCCACGUGGCGUAGCCGCUGACAUGGCAUCGUCUGCGUACCUGCGAAAUCUUACGACGCUGCUCUUCUUCACGGGGAAUCUACAGAGGCUGGGAAUGGGUGCCGUCCGGAAGCAACUGGCGGACCUCCUCGCGGACGCUCCGGACGUCAUCAUCCGGUCUGCGAACACCGGGAACGUGGUGACGUCAGACCUCCUCAGCAGGACCGCAGACGAGAUGCGCCGCUCGCGCUUCUGCCUGCACCCGGCGGGCGACACCCCCUCCUCGUCGCGCAUCUUCGACGCGAUCGUGAACCUGUGCAUACCGGUAGUCGUCUCGGACGACCUAGAGCUCCCGUUUGAGGACCAGCUGGACUACAGCGAGUUCAGCGUGUUCGUCAAGGAGCGAGACGCAGUUCAACCGGGCGUCCUCCUGCAGCGCCUCCGGACGAUAUCGGACGAAACCGUCCUCCGAAUGAGGCAAAAGCUCCUCGAGGUGCGUGACUACUUUGAGUACUCGGAACCGUGGUCGCGGCGGGUGAGCGCCCAGAGCCUCAUCUGGCGGGAGGUCGCUGCGCGAGUUCCGUCGAUCCGGCUGCGGAUGGCGCGGAAACGGCGCGAGGCACCGCAGGAGCAGCCGGCGACGAUGGACAAUCUGCGGCCAGAGAGAAACUUCCACCUGAACGGAAACUGGAGCGACUCAUGAAGCUGUCGUCACAACGGAAAAGGUAGUGGCGUAGAAUCGGAUUGCCGGAAGUCUUGCGGGGAGAAGGGGAGACAUCAAAGUGACUAUCGGACUUGUUUGCAGCCAUUGGAUCGCAAAGCCUGUAAUCGACGUCUUAAGCAGGGAUGAUUGCUGCGAGCGCGCGUUUUUUUAGCAAUAUAAAUAGAGGGCACAUCUGCAACAGAAUCACGUCUGGAUCGUACAUGGCUGAGAGGCUGAAACGGCGCUAGGGCCUGAGCACGCAAGAGACACUUGGAAAAUAGUCGUUGUGUAGUCACAUGAAUCUAUCUGCUUCUUACAACAAUACAUGCGGCACAAGUGCAGUGUCAGCUUAGAGAUCAUGCCGAAAGAAGUGCUUAUAGUUUACAAACGGUUCUUCCUAGUUGCGCAGUGAAACAUGAAGAGGACAGUCACGGAAAUACCAUAGAAACAGUUAAGUUCCCCGUGAAGAAGUUGUAGAAACGUGCAGCUGGCCCGGCCGGCCGGUCGGGGGCCCGUCGUCCAAGAAAUGCAUGCAC